AUGCCCGGCCCGGCGCUGCGCCGCGGCUCGCUGGGCACGGUGAUCCUAGCGUUUGUUUGUGUGUUGACUGAGGAAUCUAUAGAAAUUGCUCCAGCACCAUAUACGCUGCAAGCCCAUCGGGUAGCUUUGGAUGGAAAAGACCCUGUUAGCCCCUUGAGGAGAGAAAAGAGGCAGGUGCAGUGUCUACUAGGACAAUACCUACAUCCAGAAGAGACCCACUGCUGCAUGAGGUGCCAUGCAGGUACCUACAAGGUAAAAGACUGUGAUCGGCCUGAGCAGGCACCUGUCUGUCUUCCAUGUGCUAAUGGCACCUACACAGCAGUGGAUAACACCAUGUCUAAAUGUUUCCAGUGUACUCAGUGCCGUUCAGAUUUCUAUCAGAUAGUAGAGGCCCCGUGCACCCCAAAGCAAGAUACAGUGUGUGGCUGUCGGAAGAAUCAGUAUCAGUUUGAUGUACUGGAUCGCUUCCUCUGUAUGAACUGCAGCACGUGUCCCUAUGGGAUUAUUGCCAACUGCUCAAAAAAUAGAAACACAAUUUGCAGGUGUAAGCCUGGCUUCUUCCUGGCAGAGGAUAACAUUUGCAAGCCUUGCAACAGCUGCAUUGAAGAAGAAUGUCUACACUGUCAUAGCCAAGUGACAGCCUCACCGACGCCGUCUGCACCACAUGGCAUCUUCUUCCUUUACAUCAUCAUUGCAGUAUUAGGAGUUAUCGUUGUCCUCUGCAUGGUAAAUAAAGUGGUGAAGAUGGUUCAGGAAAAUGGGAUAGUCUCUUCUUUCUACCCUUGUGUUGUUUUGUCGCAGAUGAACAGGGAGCCAGCAUCCGAGGUUGAGGCAGAAAGGAACGUGACUUCCAUCAUUCUUCCUGAGUCCCAGCAGGAAACAGUUUUACUAGUGAACGCGACGCCACUGGCAGCACCGAUGCCGCAAAGUUCACAUGAGCUCCCAGACUGCGUCAGCCCCGCCAGGAAGACGCAGCUCCCAGACAACCCAGCUAUUCUCUACACUGUGGUGGAUCAUGUGCCGCCAUCUCGGUGGAAAGAGUUUGUGAGGCGUCUGGGGCUCAGUGACUAUGAUCUAGAGCGAAUUGAGAUGGAGCAUCGGCGCAUACGAGAUGCCCAGUAUGAAAUGCUUAGACUGUGGAAACUCCAGAUGGGCCACGCAGCAACUGUUGAACGUAUAAGCUGUGUCCUCAACCAGAUGGAGCUGAGUGGCUGCAGUGAAGCUAUUCAAGAGGCAUUGCCAAACCAGAACUUUCUUCAACCUUGCAGCCUCCACAGCCAUCCUUAAUUUACUUCUGCUUUAGUUUCCCUUUCCAGGACUCUUAAAAGAGGAUCAUAACUCCUUUCAUUUCUUCCCUUUUCCAUACCUCACUCUCUAAACCUUCUCAAAUGGAUUUAUUGGAGGCAGCAACAGACAAUGCUAGAGGAAGGUUGAGGUUUGCUUGUCAACCAUCAUGUUGUUCGACAUCUUAAAACCAAGAGAGGUCUCUACAACCACCCCUUUUCCAAUAGGGGAAAGCACCUUGUAAAGGAAGUGCUAUGUGGACUCCAACCAAGAUGCAAAGGGGAACCUGAAGUGCUACGUGACUUCGUAGCUUAGCUACUCUAUGGUCAAGUUGCUGCUGAAACAGAUGUCUCCCUGCCACCCCACAACAUGUGGCAGUUUAAUAGUAGGGUGACAUGAUUGAGCUUUUCAAAUGGUAAAAUAUUCAUUUAAAUUUUUGCUUUUUUUUU